AUCUACAAAGUGAACGUAACCACAAUGCUGUCAUGCACAUGCAGAAGGGAACAGCAGAUAAGCCAGGAGCCAAUAGGUCUACCUUGAACCACUGCUGCUUUGCAUGGCUGGUUUGACUCCAACUGUCAUCACAAACCAGCAAGAGCAGCACAAAUGGAGCAUCUUAUUAUUUGGAAAAAGCGAAAUAAUGGAUUUCCUGAAGUUGCUGGGCUUUCUGUGAUGGGCCUGCUGACAUGAAGAUGAAUUUGUUCGACCUGCUGUCUUUCUGCCUGCUGAGGGUCUUCUACCUGGGGAGUGCCACUGUGUCCAACAGCUUCAAGGACUGCAGCCAGUUCUUCUACAUGCAAACACCUCCUGCAGGGAUCAGGGGGUCAAACCUGAAGUGGAUCUGCCAGACGUAUGGCGAUAAGCAGCGCUAUGCCACGCUCUACGACUGCAGUCGCCGUCUCCCGCUCUACUCCGCCUAUGUUUUCAAGAAGUCGGACGGGCAGAGGAGAGUGGACACGCCGUGGAUGUUUGAACCUCAGCUGGCUUCUGAUGAUGAAGGCAGCAACAUGAGGGUUCUCCCUCUGAGUGAGGACACCCCAGCUCUGGUGGAAGACAGUCAAGCUGUGUUGGAGGAUUACACGGAUGCCGUGGAGUACAGACGCGGUCCACUUAACCCCGACUUGCACCAAGCAGAGCCCGACGACAAGUCCUCCACAUACACCCUGACCAACGUGGUCCCACUGAUCACAGACUUCUUGGAUUCUUCAUGGAACCCCUACUUGGAAACCAUCCGCCGGCGCCUGAACAACUUCUGCCACGGCAAGUCCUUCAUCGUGACGGGAGUGACUCUUCCGGGGAUCGCCAUCCGACGAGACAACAGGGACCGUAUGACGGCACCGAAACACCUGUGGCUGGCGUAUUGCUGCCCCUGGUUUGACCGUAACUCCCCAUACGAGGUCAGGUUCAUGUUCCCAAGCUACGGAGGCUACGCGCUGAAUGAACACGUGGGUUUUAGCGUGGUCGAGGUGCCACUGAAGACUCUGGAGAGUUUUCUGAGGAACCAGGUGGACAUUUACAGGGACAUGACGGUUUUUUACAAGGGUUGUUUGUCAGAAAAAACAUUCAAAAAAAAGAGGAGAGACUUGACGGUCACCCAACCACAACCAGAAGAACGGAAAAACGAAAGACGGUCAACUUGAGCUUUAAAACAAAGCUAAAAAUUCCUGAAUUAUACAGUUUGACUUCAAUAAAGUAAGAUUU